AUGGAAUUGUUGAAGGCGCUAAACCUUUCGAACAACCACCCAAAUGAAGAACUCAAUCCACUUUGCAAUCUUCAUUCUCUUAGAUAUCUCGAUCUAUCCAAUAACCAAUUGGCCGGAUUAAUUCCUACCUGUUUGGGGAACUUCAAUGGAAAUUUAACCUUGUUAAAUUUGAGAAGAAACGAUUUCCAUGGUAGCAUCCCACAAACAUUUGGAUACGCAAGCAUGUUACAGGAACUUGACAUUAGCCACAAUGGAUUGCAAGGGGUGCUUCCAAGAUCAUUGGCGAAUUGCACGAACCUAGAAAUUUUGAAUCUGAGUCAUAAUUUCAUAGAAGAUGCUUUUCCAUUCCGGUUGGAGAACCUGCCCCAAUUGAAGGUUAUUGUCUUGCGACACAAUAAAUUCCAUGGUCCCAUAGAGCAACUGAGGAAGAGAUUAGCCUUCACCAAUUUACAUAUCAUUGACAUCUCUUACAAUGACUUUACAGGUCCUUUGCCAUCAAAAUACUUUGAUAGCUGGGAUUCAAUGAUGAUGGCCAAUGAAGACAAAGCUCAGUCAAAAUAUAUAGCCAUAUAUGAUUAUUAUUCGGUGACCAUAAUGAAUAAACGAUAUGAAAUGGAAUACGUCAAGAUCCUCACCAUCUUCAAAUUAGUUGAUUUUUCACACAACAAGUUUUAUGGAAAGAUUCCCAUAUCUGUUGGAAGACUUACAGCCGUCAGUGUGCUAAAUUUUUCAGGAAAUGACUUCAUAGGUCUGAUUCCAUUGUCCUUGGUGAAUCUAACUGAGCUUGAGUCCUUGGAUCUAUCCCAAAACAAGCUCUCUGGUAAGAUACCUCAAGAACUAACAAGCUUGACAUUCCUUGAAGUUUUUGAUGUCUCGCAAAAUAAUCUAACUGGGAUUAUACCACGAGGCCAGCAGUAUGAAACAUUUUCAAACACUUCAUAUGGGGGAAAUGCAGGCUUGUGUGGUUUUCCCUUGUCAAAGGAAUGCAAGACUCCCAAGGUAGCAGAAUCACGAUCUUUACCGUCCUCUUCAAGCCACAAUUAUAAAUGCAGACUUGAUGGUUUUGGAUAG